AUGAGAAAUCCAGGGUCCAGCCGAUGAUACCGUCAGCGAGAUAUCCUGUCUCACAACAUGAAAAUACCCCAACAAACACCGUUUCUCAUCUACAUCUGCAUCUCUCCUCCCCUCGAGCGCCCCCUGCACCCCCUCACCCCUGCUCCCCCUCUUCCUCCGCCUCCGUGCGUCACCCUCCCUGCCUGUGUGUACCCACCACUAACAAACAGCCCAGUUUUCCGUCUCCUGUCUGUCCACGGUAACCACACCGCAAGCCCGUCGUAUCCCAGUACCACGCCCCCUCGGCACCUUCCUAUAUCAACCAUGUACGGCCAAGUCCUCCUCCCCGCCCUCUCCCUCCUCUCCCUCGCCGUCGCUGCGCCCUUGGACGAGUCAUGGAUGCAGCCCAGAGACUCGGAGGUUGCCCACCUCUUCAAGAGAGCCGCUCCGGAUCCCUCUGCUGAUAACUACACCAGCUACUACCCCGACGCCUGGACGACACCAAACAGCUCUGUCAUCCCCCAGGCAUGGCUCGACAAGCUGAACAACCUCACCAUGCCCAACGUCUCGGUAGCUACCAUGUCUGGAAGCCGACCCACAUACCCCAACAACGAGGACGAUGGGGACGACACUAUCUGUUCUUUCACAGAUCAGUGCCAUGUGGACGACGACCUGUAUGAGCCUUCCGGUGAGAAGAUAUUCGCGCUUUCUUUCGACGAUGGACCCACCGACUCUUCCGAGGACCUCUACGCUUUCUUGGCCGAGAACAAUGCUUCCUCCAAGGCUACCCAUUUCAUGAUCGGUGGUAACGUCGUCACUGCUCCCCAGACCGUCCUCACCGCUGUCAAGGCUGGUGGUCACCUUGCCGUACAUACCUGGACUCACCCCUACAUGACUACCAAGUCUAAUGAGGAAGUUGUUGGUGAACUCGGUUGGACUAUUCAGGCGCUCGCAGACCUCAACGGUGGCCGUAUCCCCAAGUUCUGGCGACCUCCUUACGGUGAUGUCGACAACCGUGUCCGAGCUAUCGCCAAGGGUGUAUUUGGUCUUGAGACUGUCCUCUGGAACGAAGACACCAACGACUGGGCUAUCGCCGACGAGCCCGACCAGUACUCCAUCUCCAGUGUCGAGUCUACCUUUGACGGGUGGAUCACUGGCAACCGUACCGAGCCGCUCCUCUUGCUUGAGCACGAGCUCGACAACAACACUGUGACCGUCUUCAAGGACACCUACUGGAAGUUUGCUGCCAACGGCUGGACUGUCGUCAACGUCGCCGACGCUUUCAACAUGACAUGGUAUGUCAACUCUGGCGAGGGCAACACCGACACUGUGACCACCAUGUCUGUCGCCGGUACUUUGACUACUGCCAGUACCUCCACCACCAGCGCUGCGUCUACUACGGCUUCUGGCUCUGUCACUGGCUCUGCGUCCGACACUGCCGCUUCGACUGCUGCCGCCAAUGCCAGCUCGUGGGCCAUCAGCAACAAGCCUUCUCUUGUUGCCCUGUUGGGAUCUUUCAUUGCUUCCGCCCUCUUCUUAUAAUGUUGAGGAAUCAUCUGCGUGGUUUGUCCUGUCGAUAGCCGCUCAACCACGGGCCUGGCACAACUGUAGCAUCAAGGACAUUUUAUAAUCGUCACCUAUAGAAAUCGAAUAAUCAUUUCAUUAUAUUGUAUUCUGGACAUUCUUCAAUUACCCAUAUAGUUUUAUAUACGACAUGGCAUAGAUCGUUGGACACUGACAUAUCGAGCGACACGCCGUUAUGGGUGUCCUGAACAUGCAAACAUGGAGUUUUCCUUGCAUCAUCGCAGAAUUACUUGUGCUCGUACGUUAUGUUGCGGCUCAAGCCGGGGGCUUGGCUUGGAAAGGUUUGAUGGGAGAAGAGUUGUCAAUGUGGCUGCGCAUGGUCGCGUGCAGGGUUCAGCGAGGGCGACAGUGUUCGUGCGUGACAUUGUGUACAGCGCUAGUCGGAGCCGUAAGCCAUCUGCACUCUGACAGCACGCUGCGUCAGUGGGUUUGUCUUGAUUUAUGCCACAUUGCACCUCACGAGGGA